UAUCAAUCAAGGCGGGCGGCGGCCUUGUGAACCGAAACUCUAAUUGUGUACGAUUGAAGAGCAAAUACAUCAGAUAAAACGAGACGAAUCGCCAUACGGAUUAUUUUAUUAAUACUGGAACAUACGUAGGAUACAUUGAAGUAAUAACAACGUUUGACAAGACUCGAAUUUACACUAAAAUUGCAAAGGAAUUCUAAAAAGUUAUAUUGAAAGUUGCUUCCGGAUUCAAAAUGGCGGAUGAUCUGAAGUAUUUGAAAGUGGACAGGUCCAUGAUAAAUGACCCUGCUGCUCAGGCGACAUGGGCUUCCAAAAAGCUUGUGUGGGUUCCACACGAGUCCCAGGGGUUUGUCCCCGCGGGUGUCAAGGAAGAACGAGCGGACGAGAUUGUGGUUGAAAUACAAGAGUCUGGCAAACGUGUGGUGGUCAAUAAAGAUGACAUUCAAAAAAUGAACCCUCCAAAGUUUUCCAAAGUUGAGGAUAUGGCUGAAUUGACAUGUCUUAAUGAAGCUUCUGUUUUACACAAUAUAAAAGACAGAUACUAUUGUGGCCUAAUCUAUACAUACUCUGGUCUCUUCUGCGUAGUUGUUAACCCCUACAAGCGUCUCCCCAUAUACACAGAACAAGUGAUAGAACUCUACAAGGGCAAGAAACGACAUGAGGUACCCCCACAUAUAUUUGCUAUCACCGACACAGCAUACAGGAGUAUGCUUCAAGAUAGAGAAGAUCAGUCCAUCCUUUGCACAGGAGAAUCAGGUGCAGGGAAAACAGAAAACACCAAAAAAGUCAUUCAGUAUUUGGCGUACGUGGCUGCGUCACUCAAACAUGGCAAACAAAGCGUUGCAAAUGUUGUCAACGCAAUGCAUGGGGAGCUUGAGACUCAGCUGUUACAGGCCAACCCGAUCUUGGAGGCAUUUGGUAAUGCAAAGACUACAAAAAAUGACAACUCAUCUAGAUUCGGAAAGUUUAUCAGGAUCAACUUCGAUGCAUCUGGGUUCAUAUCUGGUGCUAACAUUGAGACUUACUUGCUGGAGAAGUCUCGUAUUAUCCGCCAGGGCAACAAUGAGAGAACCUUCCACAUAUUCUACCAUUUACUGAAUGGUGCAUCAGCUGCAGAGAAGAAGGAAUUGCUCUUGGAGAAUGUGGCUAAUUACAGAUACAUGAGCAAUGGAAAUAUACAGGUGAAUGAGAUGGAUGACACAGACUUCUACAGAAGUUCAAUGGAAGCUAUGGACAUCAUGCACUUCACACCAGAUGAACAAAUAUCAAUAAAGAAAGUCGUGUCAGCUGUCCUACACUUUGGCAACCUUGAAUUUAAGAAAGAGCGCAACUCUGACCAAGCCACGCUACCAGAUAACACAGUCGCACAGAAAGUCUGUCAUCUAUUGGGGGUAAAUGUAACUGAGGUGACGAAAGCAUUCUUGAAGCCAAGGAUUAAAGUUGGUAGAGAUUAUGUGACCAAAGCACAAACAAAAGAACAGGUUGAGUUUUCUGUUGAGGCCAUUACAAAGGCUCUGUAUGAACGCAUGUUCAAGUGGCUUGUUCACCGCAUCAACAAAUCGCUGGACAAGACCAAACGUCAGGGUGCAUCUUUUAUCGGAAUUCUGGAUAUUGCUGGUUUUGAAAUUUUCGAGCACAAUUCAUUUGAGCAGCUGUGUAUCAAUUACACAAAUGAGAAGCUCCAACAGCUGUUCAACCACACUAUGUUCAUUCUGGAACAAGAGGAAUACAAACGUGAAGGCAUCAACUGGCAGUUCAUUGACUUUGGGCUUGAUCUUCAGCCUACCAUUGACCUGCUUGAAAAGCCCCUUGGUAUUUUCGCCUUGUUGGAUGAGGAGUGCUGGUUCCCCAAAGCAACAGACAAGACUUUCUGUGAUAAACUCAUGGCCCAACAUACCACACAUCCAAAGUUCCUGAAGGCUGAGUUCAGAUCCAAUGCUGACUUCAGUAUCAUCCACUACGCUGGCAAGGUUGAGUAUGUGGCUCAGAAGUGGCUGGUAAAGAACAUGGAUCCCCUCAAUGAGAACAUUGUCUCACUCCUACAGGCCUCACAAGAGCCAUUUGUGCAGAGCAUAUGGAAGGAUGCUGAUAUUGUUGGCAUGGGAGCAGCCUCAGCAAAUGAGUCAGCAUUUGGAGCCCGUACACGCAAGGGAAUGUUCCGAACUGUAGGACAGCUUUACAAGGAACAGCUCACCAAACUCAUGUUAACCUUGAACAAUACAAACCCCAACUUUGUUCGUUGUAUCAUCCCCAAUUAUGAAAAGAAGCCUGGAAAGAUUGAUGCUCCUCUUGUUUUGGAUCAGUUACGUUGCAAUGGUGUCUUGGAGGGCAUCCGUAUUUGCAGACAGGGUUUCCCGAACAGGAUCGUUUUCCAAGAGUUCAGACAGCGCUACGAGCUUCUCACUCCCAAUAUCAUCCCCAAAGGUUUCAUGGAUGGAAAGAAAGCAUGUGAAAAAAUGAUUGCUUACCUUGAGUUGGAUGAGAACUUGUUCCGUAUUGGACAGAGCAAGAUUUUCUUCCGUGCUGGAGUGCUCGCUCACUUGGAGGAAGAACGUGACUUGAAACUGACAGACAUCAUCAUCACCUUCCAGGCUUUCGCCAGAGGAAGCAUCGCCAGGAAAAUGUUCCAGAAGAGACUCCAACAACUGAGCGCCAUUCGUAUCAUUCAAAGAAACUGUUCUUCAUAUCUGAAACUGCGCAACUGGCAAUGGUGGCGCUUAUUCACAAAGGUCAAACCUGUCCUCUCCGUCACUAAACAGGAAGAGAAGGUGGCUAUUAAAGAAGAGGAACUUCGUAAGGUGACUGACCAGCUUGAGAAACAGUCCAAUGACUACCAGGAGCUCAUAAGGAAGCAGGAACAGAUGAUGGAAGAGAAGUCUAUUCUGGCAGAGCAGCUCCAAGCAGAGACUGAACUAUGUGCCGAAGCAGAGGAGUCUCGGGGCAGGCUCGCUGCAAGGAAACAAGAGUUAGAAGAGAUCCUUACUGACCUUGAGGCUCGUGUAGAAGAGGAAGAAGAAAGAACACAGGCACUUUCACAAGAGAAGAAAAAACUUAACCUCACAAUACAAGAUCUUGAAGAACAGCUAGAGGAGGAAGAACAAGGAAGACAGAAAUUACAACUUGAAAAGGUUGCACUAGACUCAAAGUUCAAGGAACUAGAGAGCUCUCUCGCCAUGCAGGAAGAUUCCAACCUCAAGUUAUCCAAGGAGCGAAAGUUGAUGGAAGAGAGACUUCAGGAGAUGGCUGCUGUGCUCACAGAAGAAGAGGAAAAGGCCAAGGGUCUCAGUAAACUCAAGAAUAAGUAUGAAGCUAUUAUUGCUGAUCUCGAGGAGAGACUCCGAAGAGAGCAGCUGUUACGUAGUGAAUUGGAAAAAGCCAAACGUAAGCUAGAAGCUGAAUUGAAUGACCUCCGUGAGCAGCUCAAUGAGAAGAGCUAUCAAUGCCAGGAAUUACAGAACCAAUUAUGCAAGAGAGAAGAGGAGCUACAGGCCGCCCUCAACAUGAAUGAAGAGGAAGUGUCAGCCAGAUCAGUGACCAUCAAACAGAUGAGAGAAAUGGAAAAUCAGCUCCAGGAAAUCCAGGAAGAUUUAGAACAAGAGAAAGAAUCCAGAGUUAAAGCUGAAAAACAGAAACGUGAUCUUGGAGAGGAACUCGAAGCUCUGAAAAGUGAAUUAGAAGAUUCUCAUGAUCUGACGACAGCUGCACAGGAACUUAAACAGAAACGUGAAGCUGAAGUGGUUAAUAUCAAACAACAGAUUGAAGUUGAAGCCAAGGAGCAUGAUAAACACUUACAAGAAAUCCGUGCUAAACACAAUGCACAAAUUGAGCAACUCAAUGAGCAGUUGGACGCUACCAGAAAGGCUAAAGCUUCCCUUGAAAAAGCACGUUCCAACAUGGAGUCUGAAAAUACUGAUAUGGCCAAUGAGGUCAAACAACUCAGUCAGGCCCGCCAGGAACAGGACAGGAAACGUAAACAAGCUGAGGCUCAAGUCCAGGAACUCUCAAUGAAGCUGCAGGAAACAGACAGGGCCAGGAAUGAAGUUGUGGAGAAGGUUCAGCGUUUACAGAAUGAAUCUGAAAAUGUUACAUCACAACUUGAAGGUGUAGAAACUAAAGCUUCAACCAUGGCGAAACAAGUCACCAACUUAGAGGGCCAGUUGGCUGAUGCGCAGGAACUUCUCCAAGAAGAGACGAAGCAGAAGCUCCAGGUUCAGGCCAAGCUGAGACAGGCUGAAGACAACCUUGAUGGACUUCAAGACCAACUAGAUGAAGAAGAAGAGGCCAGAAAAUCACUGGAGAACAAAGUCUCUCAUCUCAAUUCACAGAUUACUGAGUCAAAGAAGCGGGCAGAUGAGGAUAAUUCAUUUAUUGAACAACUAGAAGAAUAUAAAAAGAAAGCAGCCAGAGAUAUGGACAGCCUGCAACAACAACUCGAACAGGCAACCGCAAAUGGAGAUAAAAUGUCCAGAUCUCGUGCUAAACUCCAGGCUGAGUUAGAAGAUGUUCAGAUAGAGGCUGAGAAUGCCAGAGGAGCAUUGACUAACAUGGAACGCAAACAGAAGAAGUUCGAUCAACAAUUGGCAGAAGAACGUAACUUGGCUGAAAGAUUAUCAAUUGAAAAAGACUCAGCGGAGCGUGAAGCCCGUGAAAAAGAAACCAGGAUCCUUAAUCUGAACCGUGAUCUUGAUGAUCUUCGAGAACAAAUGAGCAGUUUAGAAAACACACAUAUGCAACAGAAACGUGAACUUGAAGACUUAGUCUCGUCUAAAGAUGAUGUAGGUAAAAAUGUUCACGAUCUUGAGAAGGCCAAACGAGCUCUUGCUAGCCAAGUUGAGGAGCAGAGGACUCAGAUAGAGGAAUUAGAAGACGAACUUCAGGCCACUGAGGAUGCUAAACUGAGACUGGAGGUCAACAUGCAAGCCCAGAAAUCUCAAUUUGAGAGGGACCUUCAAGGGAAAGAAGAACUUGUAGAGGAAGCAAAGAGAAGUCUCCUGAGACAGCUUCGAGAACUUGAAGCUGAGCUUGAAGAUGAACGCAAACAAAGGGUUGGUGCUGUAAAUGCUCGCAAGAAGUUAGAAAGCGACCUCAAGAACAUGGAUGGCCAGCUGGAGAAUGCAAACAAAGUAAAGGAUGAUGCCUUGAAGCAACUGAAGAGAGCCCAUGCCCAGUUGAAGGAUCUGGCAGGGCAACUGGAUGAGAAUGGUGCUACCAAAGAAGAAGUGCAGGCACAUCUGAAGGAACUGGAGAGAAGGCUCAAACAGAUGGAGUCUGAGAACUUACAACUCCAAGAAGAUCUAGCUGCUUCAGAACGUGCACGAAGACAGGCUCUGUCUGAACGUGAUGAACUCCAAGAUGAAAUUAAUAACAGUGCAACCAGCAAGUCUGCCUUGCUUGAUGAGAAGCGACGUCUUGAGGCCAGAAUUAACCAGCUUGAAGAGGAACUGGAGGAAGAACAAGGAAAUGUGGAGAUUAUUAGUGACAAAGCAAGAAAGAAUGCCCUGCAGAUUGAGCAACUGUCUCUUGAUCUUGCAACGGAGAAGUCAACAUCCCAGAAGUUUGAGAACCACAACAUGUUACUGGAAAGACAGAACAAAGAGCUACGUGCUAAGUUGCAGGAGACUGAGAACCAAUUGUCUGGACGUAGCAAGGCAACAAUCGCCUCUUUGGAAAGCAAGAUCGCCAACUUAGAGGAACAGGUCGACAUUGAAGUCAGGGAGCGUCAGGCACUUGCCAAGGGUAAUCGUAGAGCAGAGAAGAAGAUCAAGGAAUUGUUAAUGAAUGCUGAUGAUGAGAGACGUCAUGCUGAUCAGUAUAAGGACCAGGUCGACAAAGCAAAUGCCAGGAUGAAGGCCCUUAAGCGGCAAUUAGAUGAAGCUGAAGAGGAAUGCACUCGAGUGAAUGCCCAAAAGAGAAAAAUUCAGCGCGAGUUUGAUGAAGAGACUGAGCGUGCUGAAGCACUACAGAGGGAGAAUGACUCAUUGAAAAGCAAACUUAGAUCAAGCACAACAGGAGGAAGGUAUAGUAGGAAAUACUUUGGAGUGGGUCGAUCCAGUACAGCUCCUGGGGGAAGCGACGAUGAGUCCAUUGAUGAAGGGAAAACAGAAAACGACAGCACGGAGGCAUAAUAUCCAUGACUUUAAUCACCCCUUAGAUAUUAACAAUGGACUCAUCUAUGCCUGUAUAUAGACAAUAAGUCAUAAAGUAGAGGGUGGGAAGGAUGAAUGUUGAACACCCCCCAAUAUUGAUUAUGGACUAAUAUUACCAUAUAUACACAUUAAUUCACUAUAUAGAGGGGUGGUAGGAUGGAUUGUAAAACAAAACCUGUAGUGGAAUUGCUAAUCUGGACUAUAUCAAAGAGAUUUUUAUAUAUUUUCUAGCUAAUGCUCUGCUUAUGUGCAUAUAUGGGACGUGUAUAAUAAACAAUUUGGGUAAUUUUAAGACCCAUGAUGUUUGUUUUAUCGACUAAAUACCUGUGUGAAUUGACCUCCCCAAACGCCAAAUAACUGUUAAACUGUGAUGUGUAGCCAGUGAUUGGUUCCUGACAGAAAUAUGUGUUGUGAUUUGAGAAUAUUUUGCCUUUUUUCAAUCCUGAAAUCUGAUUGGCUACUUGAUAUUUACGUGCUGUAUUGUUUCGAUAUAUGCCAAUACUUCAUGUACUUAUUUUAUAUUGGAAUUUUGUAACUGAAGAUAUUAAAUUCCUCUCUCACAAAGUUGGUAUGUUCCAAUUAAUUUAUCAAUCAAAAUUCGGAAGAAAAUUUUCACGCAUGUGUAGUUUUGUAUAACAAAAGAAUAUAGCUUAAAAAUGUGCUUAUUAUUUUUACAAUAAAAAUAUAGUUUAGAGGUAUUUUAUAACUAUAGACACUUGAUUGGGUAUGUAAAUGUAAGUCAUUUAUAUGUAUUCAUUCCUUUUUUACGUCGAAAAACUAUUUUGUGUAUUAUGUAACGCUGGUCUGAUCAUGUUUCUUGCUUGAUGUAAUAGGUGCUGAACAUGAUGCCUGUGCGUUUGUAAUCAAAUACAUUGGUGGAUUUAAAUGACAAAUUGAAGUGUCGUGUCAUCUUCGUGAAAUCUGAAUUAAAUGUUGCUAUAGUUUAAUUAGUUAUCUGACCCAUUCAAUUAUCUCAUUGUGGUAUCCAAGGUUUCAACUGUUCGUGGGAGUCAGAUAUAAAUACCUUGCAUGAAAUAUUUUGAAUUAUGCCUUGUAAGACUCGAUAAGAUUGAGGAAUGGUAAUAAUUCAUUGUAUUUUUUUUAAAGAAUGGACCCUUUAUGCAUAGUUGAGCUCGUAGAAUAUUGAAGACAGAAGUCAAAAGCAAGGCAACAGUAGAUAAAACCUACAAUUGUUACUCUAAACAUUAUCUGUAUGUACAUUACACGAAUGAAGAAAUACAGAGAAAAAUUGUACAGUAUAUUUGAACAUUAUUUUUUUUAAUUUUUGAAUUACUCAACUCACUGUAUAUAUUGUAAUGCAUUGCCAUGGUAACGGAAAUAACGAGACACAGAUUACUGCUUAAAUGUUUGAAAAAAGAUGAUAAAAAUCUUGGCGAAAGAGAAAGAAACUGCUGGUCUUGAUUGAUCAAAAUGUUGUUUUUUAUAUACAAAUGUUGUACAUGUUUUUUGUCAUAGUCUUUUUGAAAGAACGUGUAACAUAGCUUAACACUGACUACUACCUGAUAUCUCAUCCAGGUCAUGUACAUGUAAACUUCAUGCACUUUCUAUGAAUAAAAUAAAACAAGUUUCUCAUCUCUGGUUCAAAGCCAUUUAGGUCCUAAACUCUUGUGUGUAGUCUAUAUUCCAUGUUUUUGCCUAAUUUUUCUGUGAAUUCAGAGUUCAAAGACAUACCCCUUAUGUAAUUUUAUUCAUGGAUGGUACGCUUUAUUCUAUUCUAUAUCCAGACUGUAUACAUGUUCCUUAUACUAGCAAUAAAACAAAAUAUUAAAUCUGUGACAUAUAUGUAUGAUAUGACCCACCUUUAACAAAUAUGAUAAUAAUAAAUGAUAUUGUCGUGGCAACCAUGUUAACUCCAGACAAUAUUAGCAUUAUAAAUAAAUAAAGGGAGUAAUCUAAAAUACAAUAA